GCGAGGCUGUUAAAACCUUAUCGAACUGAUGACGUGUCCACGGAGUCCUUCUGACUUCCGGGUCUACGUUAACGGUGUGGAGUACAGACCACAGUCACCAAGAAAAUGUCUAAAGUCACGUUUAAAAUCACUCUGACGUCGGAUCCCCGGCUCCCCUACAAAGUACUCAGCGUCCCAGAGAGCACGCCGUUUACAGCCGUGUUGAAGUUUGCAGCGGAGGAGUUCAAAGUACCAGCAGCCACCAGUGCCAUCAUUACUAACGACGGUAUCGGCAUCAACCCAGCUCAGACAGCAGGGAAUGUGUUCCUGAAGCACGGUUCAGAGUUGCGCAUCAUUCCCAGAGACAGAGUGGGAGGAAGGGGAGUAGGAACAGACCGGUCUUCCUCAUCCUCCUCCUUGAAGACCCAAUGACUCAAACACACAAACACCGGCUGAAUCAUGUUUCACUUCUGACCUGCGGAACACUCAGUGUGUUUGUAUAUAUUUUCUAGACCUGAAAUGACCACACACACACACACACACACACACACACACACACACACACACACACACACACACACACACACACACACACACACACACACACACACACAAAGAGACAGCAGCAGAUUUAUUCUGUCUAUCCUGUCUGCACUCUCCAAAUGCAACGUCACCCCAGGCUGUCCAUAGAUACUCUCACACUGAAGUAAUUGAUGACACACACACACUCUGGCGGCUUCAAGAGAAGGACUUGGCGGAAGCUUAGCAGACAAUGUGCUUGUGAAAAGUUGUAGUUUUGUGUACCUAUUUUAGUUGUAAUGGUAAAUGGCUAAUAUAUCUGCCUCUUUUUUUUUUUGCGAACGAAAUCUGUGGACAUAUUUAGAGGAUGUAUGUACUUACUUUUUGAAGAGGAUUAAUUAAUGAAUGUUUGUACUACACCUUCAAAUGAUUUAGCAUGCUUUCAGAGAGCAUUGUUAUAUCACUCGUUUAAUAAAUGAUGCUUGUUUCAA